CGUUGGAGAGGUGGGGCAACAGGCAACCGGUAUAAAAACCAAGCGGCUCGGAGGAGACCUUGAAAGUCGUCCCUUGCUCUUCAAGCCCUGUCGUUUUUCUGCCAUUCGUUGUCUGGAGACCGGGAGUACCGGCUGUAAACAAAGGCGCCAUGAAAUUGUUGCUGGUCGCAGCCGCGCUGGUCGGACUUUCCGCUGCGCAAAUUGUCGAGCGCCGCGUGAUCAAGAACCCUGACGGUUCGACCACACACAUGGAGAGCAGCUCGUGGGGCCACAGUUCUUUCAACCAGGAGACUUCGGAUAAUGAUGGCCUUAUCAGUGGUCGUAGCGGCUACGCAGACAGCUCGGGAGUAAACUACGACCGCCACUACACCGUAGACCGCAAUGGACAGCGCCGCUACAUCGACCCCAAGGAUAGCAAGCUGAAAGGGCCAGCCCCCUCCAUCCCCAUGCCAUCAGGUGUCUUCGGAGGUAACGACGAUUUCCUGUCCGGACGAUCAGGCUUCGGCAACUUGCCUGGAUUUGGGAACCUUCCCGGAUUUGGAGGCAACGUGCCCGGAUUCGGCGGCAACUUCCCCGGAUUCGGCGGCAACCGUAGGAACAAUUAAGCACUCGCUCUUGCCCCCUGAGUCCUACACUCUUCCACUGUACCUCACCAUCGACUCUGUCUUCAACGCACUCUGGGUGCCCUGUGUCUCCCCCUCCUCUUCACAUGCCUUGAAGCCUGCACUGUGGAACGAGGACUUGUUCCGAACUCUUCUCCGUGAACGUUUUUCUUCGACAUCAGAACCAUUGCCCACUCUGUAUCUCAAAACCAGCCUUCUGUUAGUUCUUUCUCAAACUCUCUUUAUUCUCUUCAUCUUCCAAACGCAUUUCAUAAAGCACCAAAGAAUUCGAAAAAAAGGAAGUGGGAACUUUACCUAAAGACGUGCUAGCAACGCAUUCCCGACCCAAUGAGCACCGUUUUGUUGCAUAUUUUGAAAAAUGGCUUUCAUAUGACGUAACAAUUACCUUGCCAAAAACAAUGAACUCUUUCCUCUAAAUGUUUUUCUGCUCAGCUACUUUUGAGGCUUUAUACAGGGUAUCUAUUUAAUCAUGUGAUUUUCGCGCUCAUUACGUUUAAGUCAGAUGCGAAUUCAGUAGCUGCGUAUUCGGAGUGGUUUCUGUCUUUGCUAUUAAAAGCUUGAAUCUCCAAUCAUGCUAUGCAAUUGUCUCUUUCAGCAACACUGGAAAUGUGGCGCUUCUUUCCGCCUGGAUUCAGAUUUUAGUUCAAAUGGAUUGAAUAAAAGAGUUCUCCUUCAAACUUCAAAA